ACAGUCCCGACCAGCUCAACACACCCGGCACAGCGCCGGCAACACAGCGGGCAGUCAUUUACCUGCAGCGAUGAACAGCGGAAUCUGCGUGUGCGUGCUUCUGGCCGUGCUGUCCUCUGGCGGCCUGGCGCGGCCGGACGGCGGCACCGAGAGGGACGGGGAGCGGCCGCACGGACCCCUGCACCAGCGGCCCCUGAGAGAAGCACCUUACGGCGGCCACCUGAAGCCCAGGCUGAACAGUGAGCAGGGACCCGGCCUAGUGGCCUUGCUGAACACCUACCUGCACAAAGACAGCACUGGAUCGCGGGCUGGGACAGUCCGCAGCGUGGAUGCCCCCCACAGGAUCACCAACAGGGACUACAUGGGGUGGAUGGACUUCGGGCGGCGCGGCGCGGAGGAUUACGAUUACCCCUCGUAAGAGGCGGCCGCCAUCCAUCACUCAGCCCCGGCCCUGUACAGAAGAUUCAGCCCGUCUGCUCACCUUCCACACACCCUUCACUGUUGUACCUGACUGUGCAGUCGUGCAUCUGUUUGUAAUAGUGUAAGAUGUAACACGCACACACGAGAACCAUGCACACACGUCACGGAAAGACAAACACAUCCACAUGCACCACACGCACACAUGUGAACACACAACACACUUACAUUGACACACCUGCACACACGCACAUAGAGACACAAGCCCGUUCAUGCAGAUACUCACACACACUCUCUCACUCAUACACUCUCACACUCACGCACUCACACACAUACACUCUCUCACUCAUACACACUCACGCGCUCUCAUGCACACUCUCUCACUCUCUCUCACGCUCUCACUCUCACUCACACACUCUCUCACACACACACACACACACUUCUUCUUGCGUAUGGCGUGCACAGCCUAAAGUUUUAGGACAACUUGUUCUAUUUGAUCUUAUUUGAUUGUACACGCCGGGUUGAUUGCAUUCGUUGAAACAGGGCGGACCACGUGAAGGUUGCAAUCUCCCACCACACACGCACGCUCACACACACACUCACGCACUCUCACUCACUCUCUCUCUCACACGCUCACACACACACAGUCUCUGACAGGGAUUGUAACAGAGAUAUCUCCAGUCUGAGACAAUUUCCUCUCACCACCCAUGUAACAAGAGUGAACUCACUCACACUGUGUAAAUGUUGUCCACAUUUCAAUAAAAACCAAAACUGAAA